GUGCGAUACACUAUCGCGACACCGCCCACCUGGAGGUCCCGAGAGUCUGUGGGUCUGGAUUUUUGCCUCCCCCAAGUUGCCGUGAACGCCCUUUGCAUUGUUCAAGGAACAGCUUAUCGCCCGUCUACCAUCUCCCAUGUUCUGAGGACUGGGGAAUUUGAUGUUGAAAUUUAGCGACCAUGUCCCUUCGCCGUCUCGACACGAACUCGUCGUUGGGCGAUCGCGACCGAACCCACCUAUUGUCACCGCAUAACUACGACGACGAUGCCGCUUCUUUGCACAGCCGGAGCGACCAGGACUCGGACAGUGACGAUGACGAGCUUCAGUCACGCGCCCGAAAUAGUCGCGAAUUGCGAGCGGCCGACCGGAUUGUCUUCCUGGAAGAAGACGAGGUAGACAAACUGGUUACGGAUACGAGGAGAAGACAGGAACGUGAGCGAAGAGGUUCCAGUCUCAACCUGCCCAACCCGCUUCGACUUCUCCGACGAGCAAGCGACCCCAGACUAUCAUCAAGCCGUGAAUCUUCUGAGGAUAUUCCACACGAGGAGAGGCGUCGUCAGCGUCGAACGAGGAGGCAAGAAAAGAAACACCGGCUGGAGGAGAAGGCGAACCAGGGCGAAGAUGGGGAACUGAUGUACGAGAUGGAGGAAGGGGGGUUGAAGGAUGGCAGCAGUACCGGCGAAAGCAGCGAAAGAGAGGACAGCGAAGAGGUCGAUCGCGGAAAUCUCAGGAUGCUCAAGAACGAAAAAUCCAUUCGAAGACGCAACUGCCGCCGCUGGGUCUUCCUCCACACCUUGGUUGCUGUCGGCUUUGCGAUCCUGGUUCUGGUGGCGUGGAAGUUGUCGCUGAACAACAACUCGGCAAAGACCAAGACCAAGUUGCCGGACCUUGUCAGCAACGGCACGGCACUCUUUGCGCCCACCACUAUCAUCAUAAGCCUCGACGGUUUCCGGGCUGAUUUUUUACAGCGGGAGCUUACACCUCGUCUCAACGCCUUCAUCGAGGAGGGCGUGUCGCCAAAGUACAUGCUUCCCUCCUUCCCGUCGGUUACUUUUCCGAAUCAUUACACACUGGCUACGGGACUAUACCCCGAGAGUCAUGGGGUGGUGGGCAACACGUUCUGGGAUCCGGAUCUGGAGGCCGACUUCUACUACACCGACCCGGAGCGCAGUCUCGAUCCGAAGUGGUGGGGCGGAGAACCAUUUUGGGUCACCGCUGAGCGGCAGGGCGUCCGGACGGCGGUUCACAUGUGGCCCGGCAGCGAGGCGCAUAUCCUGGGCAUGGAACCGAGCUUUGUGGACAAGUACAAUGGAAAGGAGCUUCUGCCCAAGAAGGUUGCCCGCAUUCUCGAGUUCCUUGACAAACCUGGGCUCGAAGAUGAGACGACCAAAGUCAAGGAGAUGCGUCCCCAAAUCAUUGCGGCCUAUGUUCCCAACGUCGAUGCUUAUGGCCACAAGUACGGGCCCAACAGCACGGAGAUCGACACGUCCAUUAAAGAAGCCGACAAAAUGCUCGAUCAGAUUUUCGCCGGCCUGGAUCAGCGGAACCUCAGCCAUAUCGUCAACGUCAUUGUCGUCUCUGACCACGGUAUGGCAUCGACAGACGUUUCCCGGUUAAUGCAGAUAGAAGACCUGCUUGACCUUGACAAGAUUGAGCACACCGAUGGCUGGCCAUUGUAUGGUCUCCGUCCCAAGAACCCGGACGAUCUUCAGAGUCUCUACGACGGGCUAGCCGAGAAGGCCAAGACGAACCCCAACUUCGAAGUCUAUCUCCGUGACGUGAACAUGCCGGAGCGGUACCACUUCUCCAACAACCCUAGGAUCGCUCCUCUAUGGAUCAUCCCCAAGACUGGUUGGGCGAUCGUGAACAAAGCAGAGAUGGUCGCGGCCGAAGCCAAGGAGAAAGGCGAAGUGUACCAUCCCCGGGGUCUCCACGGCUACGACCAUGAGCAUCCGCUUAUGCGCGCCAUCUUUGUGGCUCGCGGUCCUGCUUUCCCACACCCUCCAAACAGUGAGAUGCAGGUUUUCCAGAACCUCGAGGUAUAUAACAUGCUCUGCGACUCGGUCGGCGUGAUUCCUAAACCAAACAACGGCACUCUCAGGCUACCGCUGCAUCCCACCGGGCUGCACAAGCCGGAGGAUAGGCCGCCUGUGCCUGAGGACCCUGAGCCAACCCCUUUUACACAAACCAAAACUCUGGUUUCGACAUCGGCGACGACAGCGUCUUCCUCGGCGACCAAGCCCGCUGAAGUGGGUGAAGGCACCAGCAAGACUGCAGCUGCUCCCAGUCACACGACCACAAACGAGGAAGGCCACAACGAGCCCGACUCGGACUCUAAUUCUAGCUCCGACUUGAUGUCUUCAGUUAAGGAUGCAUGGGACUGGCUCACAGGCAAGAUCGGGGAUCUUUUUGACAAGAUCACAGGGUCUGAUGGCUCCAAGGCUUCGUCCUAGGGGUUUGGCUUGACAUGCGAGGCGGUUGCGAAUUUUUAAUGACAUGAUUGUUCAUGGCGUUCGGCAUUACGAUCUGGUAAUAUUGGUAUUGUUUCUUUCCAGUUUCAAAGCUCUACGGAUACCAGAAAUAAUUAAUUUUAUCGCACAGCUGUGUCUCUGCUUUUCAAGAUAUUUCGGGUUGGAAGGCGAUCCCUAUUAUACUUAAUACCUGCAUCUAUCUCCCUGGGUUAAACACGCAAUGUCUGGCAUCGCAUGAGAAUAGAAUUGAAGGAGGGAAGUUGCGAGCGGUCUUCAUGGCGCGGACUAGGGAAUUGCACGCACGGCCCGUUGCGUCCUAUCUGUGCUUUAUGUUAAGGAUAGCGUUUCCCCCGCAUUCCCGUUCCGGACGUGCCGAGUGGGGCUGAUCAACGUAACUACCGGG